CUUACCUCCGAGUCCGGAACGUUGCGUAGGGAUUUCCGGGCGCUUCUUGUCGGGCAGUAAUCAUUAGCACAGGUCUGGUUUCCUGUCAGGUCCCAGGUGGCCGCUGUUGUCAGAUUCCUCUGUGUCCCUUGCUGGUUCUGGUGCGUGUGGGCUGAGGCAGUGAGAGAGAAGGGCUUCUCUGGAAAGGGUGCCACGCUCGACUUCGGUGUUCCGGAGCGCAAGCUGGCGGGCGGCGCGGCCGUGUGGGCGCGGGAGUCCCGCGGGGGAGGCUCAUUAACCUUCGCGUGAGUCCGCUCGGCCUCGCCUGCCGGCCUGGCUCUCCUAUCGGGUCGUCGCGAAGCCUGGGGCCGAGGAGCCCGCGCGCGCCCAAGGGCGGUCUUGUGCAACCCAGAUUAAGGCAUGGUGUGGCCUGUCCUUUCUCUUUUGGGCCCUUUUCUCUCUCCCUCGGCCGUUUUGGGGUUCGUGACCGUCAUUAAAUGCAGCUGCUUUCACCACCGGUAUAAGAGAAACCAUGCGAUACAUGAAGCUUGUGUGGCUGGCUUCACAGAUUACGACCCGGAGACUUAAGCAGUAACUUGAGAUUACACUGUAAUUGGUAUCACCUGAAACUUUCAAGCUUUUCUCUGUAAGACUGAGAAAUUAAGUACUUUUCCUGAAACCGAGAAGAAAAGAUGUCUGUGACAUUGCACACAGAUGUAGGUGAUAUUAAAAUAGAAGUCUUUUGUGAGCGGACACCCAAGACAUGUGAGAACUUCCUGGCUCUCUGUGCUAGUAAUUACUACAGCGGUUGUGUAUUCCACAGAAACAUCAAGGGGUUCAUGGUUCAGACCGGAGAUCCGACAGGUACUGGAAGAGGCGGGAACAGUAUCUGGGGCAGGAAGUUCGAGGAUGAAUACAGUGAAUACCUGAAGGUACAGCCCUGCUUCCGAACUUCACCUCUCGAGUCCGGUGCGCUUGGAAGCCCAGGAGUGUGCAGGCCAACAUCAUUAUUCAGUGUAUUUUUCUGUAGUCCUUGCACAGUUAGUAAGAGAAGUCAGGGAGGUCCCAGUGGCCAUCCUGGCCUCCCUGAUGAAGGGGCCAGAGUCUCAGCCUAUUGCGAUCACCAUGGAGUCCAGCCUGAAGUGUCACCUGGCUGCAGGGUUAAGUCAAGAGCGACCACCUCGUGGUCACAGGGUUGCCUGUAAUUGGUCCCCCUUUAGUCAGGCGCAGUGGCACAAACCUAUAAUCUCAGCAUCCUGGGAGGCUGAGGCAGGAAGAUGGCAAGCUCAACCCCAGCUUGGCCUGCUUAGUGACUUAGAGCCUUUCUCAAAAUAAAAAAGUGCUAGGAUGUAGCUCAGUGGUAGAGCACUGCUGGAUUGAAUCCCCAGAACAGGGUGGGGUGGAGUAAAAAAAUUUUUUUCACUGUCUUUUACGUAUAUAACCACACAUUUUCUGAAAUUGAUUGUCUCGAUAAAGUUGGAUAUAUUUUCGUUUUUGCUUUAUUGUCAUAAGGAUAUAUAUCAGUUUUGUUAAGGGAGUUGGAUUUGGGAGGGGAUAAACUUUUUGAGAAGUUAGCCUUCUCUGGAAUUAGAAACUGAACAAUUUUUCAGAGCUUAAUUAAUGGCUGUUUCAGAGUACCAGUUAAAACUAGGUAUAGGUUGUGACAAAAAUCACCCGUGGGAAUUUUUAAGCUGCAAAAGAUUAGGGCCAGGCAUGAUAUAGUUCAUGCCUAUAAUCCAAAAAAAAAAAAAAAUCAGGGAACUGGGCAAUAGGGCUGCAGAGGGUGUGGAUGGUGGUGCUUACCCAGUGUCCUCUGGAGCAGCCUCACACCACAGAGGAGGCAAGGUUUCCAGUGUCUGUUGCCAGGGUCUCCCAGAGAGCAACGCUGGUCACGUGCCCAGCCUGUGACCCUGUGUUCCUGGUGUGCUGUGUGUGACAGUGAAUAUCUAGGAAUAUCUCUGUGUGCAGUGAUUAUGGACUGGCUACUUUUUAGUGCACGCAGUGUGAAAGACCACAGUGAGAAGAUGCAUGAACUACACCCAAGUGUACACUCAUGGGUCAGACCCAGAAGCGUGGAGUAUCAGAAGACUGAAAUCGUGUGGUUUGUGGAGUUCAGAGGCUCGCCUGGGAAACAGCGCAUUGUCUGGCGUGUUACAGGCAUGGGAAUGGCAUGGGGCUGUGGUUACCCUGUGGGGAGGCUGAGGCAGUGAAGUGGCCAGUGUUGACUUCUAAAGCUCAAAUAGGGGUUGGGCCAGGGAUUGAGCUCAGUGGUUCUGCUUUCUGCCUCCU